AUGGCUUCUCUCACACAAGCUUCUACUGUUCUUUCAACCUCCUUCAAGCCCACCUUGGCAGCCAGCAGCAGGAGCUCUGGUCUGAAGUCUGUUUCCUUUUCCAUCACUGGAAAGCGCUUCCCAUCUCUCAGUUCCCGACCUGGGCAUUUUCAAGUUUCCUGUUCGGCCAAACCAGAGACUCUGAACAAGGUGUGUGACAUAGUGAAGAAGCAGUUGGCUUUACCUGAAGACACAGCUGUGACCCCAGGCUCAAAGUUUGCUGAACUUGGCGCUGAUUCUCUUGACACAGUUGAGAUUGUGAUGGGACUUGAGGAGGAGUUUGGCAUCAGUGUGGAGGAAGAAAGUGCCCAGACCAUCGCCACUGUUCAAGAUGCAGCAGAUCUGAUUGAGAAGCUCGUUGAGAAGAAGAGUACUUAA